GAAUUUAGUUGAGAACUAACCAUUGUGGCGUUUGUCUCGUGGAUGUUAUAUUUACUUCAAUUAAAUAUUCAAAACUCAUUAUAAAAAAGUUUAUUCUUUUUCGGUAGAAAAUAAAAUAAAUUCUUAGCAAAAAAAAUUCAAAAAGUGCUGACUCUAACUUGAAAUAUUAUUAUAUUUCGAAAUAUUCCAUCAAAAGUGCACAAAGAAUUAAAAUUUUUCUUUGUUAAUAUUUUUUUUUUUUCGAUUCUGGCCUAAUAAAACGAGUGUGCCAAUUCGGGUUACUCAAGUAAUGAAAUAACGGAAAUAUUUUUUUCAUAUUAAAAAAAAUUAUUGUUGUAAUCCGAUUAUUAUAGUUGUUUGAGACAAAAAAAAAAAAUAUAUAAAACUGUUAACUAGUACAAUUUUGUGCAUGUUAACUUAAAAAAAAAACAGACUUAUUUUGACGAUCAAACAUUAUUUAUUUUUUGUUUUGUUUUUGUUUCAAGACAAAAUAAAUUUUUAAAAACAAAAAAAAACAAUUUAAAUGAAAAAUCGAAAAGUGACCAUCAGCAGUUUAUUGCUUACGAUCGCACAACAAAUGGAUAAAGCUGCUCUUUUAUCAUUCAGCAGAAUAAAAUACGAAAAUUAUUCCCUAACAAGUAUUUAAAGUGUUUUUGGGAAACAAAAAAUUAAUAAAAGAUAUCACGUAAAUGCGACUCAUACAAUAGCCAUAGCCAAAGAUAUACCUACACCAUCAACAAAAUACAAAAAAAUACCAUCUCUUCCUUUAUCCAUACACAACAAUAGUAUCGAUUUUCUUUAAAUUUUUGGGGUUGAAAACCACCAGCAUUAUCUGUGAUAUAUUUUCACCACGUGAAAUUCCAUAGUUAAGCUGAACUCUCACAUAAAAAUCCAUAUAUACAAAUUUUGGCCACAUUUACAAUAGAAAGAGAGAAAAAACAAUAAAACAGAAGGAGAUAGAAAACACAAGGAAAAUUCAUAACCUAAAAAGGGAAAAAAUAAAAAAACAACAUAGAAGUUACAAACAACAAAAAAACUACAUCAAAACAAAAUGUCUUCCCUACCGGAGAAAUCGCAGCAAAUAACUGCAGCAAUAACUGCAACACCAUUUAUCGUUUCGUCAUCAUCAACAACAUCAUCAUCAUCGUCAUCGAAACCAAUGAUGACGAAGACAUUUUUCUUUCGAUCGGACUCGAUCAGAAAGAUCAAAUGUACUGCUGUUUACCCUUUCCAAGUUGCUGGUAUAAAGCUCAGCAAAAGUGCAUUGAUUGAACUUUUGGAAACUAACAUCAAAAAAGCUCGCAUUUGUACCCAAAAAGCUAUGCUAAACUUUUAUUGUAUAAUUUUGAAGCUUCUUAGUACACUUUUUGCACUUUGGGAUGAAAAAGUUCAAAAGAAAGCUAAUGCUCAAUCAACAACAAUAACAUCAUCAACAACAUCGUUGAAUAGUGAAAGCUCAAUUGCAACAAAAACUAAUGAUGCUAAAUUAACCACAUCUAACCAGUCUCCUCUUCAAACCUACCAAAGUCGCAUUGCCGAGAAGCUAAUCCGAAUUCAAAAGCAAAAAAGACGUCUAAGUGGAAACAGUUUGAUUCCAUCAGGCUCAAAAGUCACUCCCGAUACAACACCUUCAUCAACUCCAUCCACAUCUACCACUGAUCUCAGCCGUUUAAGUGUCUCUUCCUCUACUGAAAGUCUCAGGUCAAUAAACUUGCAACCAAAGAGCACAUCCACUCUCCAAGAAUAUUGCCUAGUUUUGUGCGUUCAUGCUGGUCUAGUCGUAAUGUAUCUUCAGGUUGUGAUUCUUGGAAUAGCAUUGAAUACUACACACAUUCCUUCGGGACUGAUCUUUAUGUUGUGUACAAUUGGAAUUAUUGGAUAUGUUUUUGUAAAAGUAUCCCUAAUGAACCAAAAACCUGUAACAGAAAGAUCUCCAAGAUCAUCUCCCCAACCAUCAUCAGAGGCUAAGAAUUCCACCCGUGAUCCAAUCAAAGAUGACUUUAGUCCAGAACGUCAAAGCCGAUCAAAGACGAAAAAAGUUCCACAACCAAUUGAAUUCAAGUACAAGACUUUGAGCAAAGUUGAGCUUUUGUAAGCCUGGCAGGGAACAAAACUACUACAAUAAUUAUAAUUAAAUCUAAUUUAUCUUCUAAGUACACAAUAGUUUUUUUAGGAUCUACUAUCAAGUUAGGGCAAGCAUAUCUUAAAAAAAACCUUCAACCACUCUAUCAUUUAAGAACUUAUUUUUUUUUCUCCGAAAAAGUACAACUUCAAUAAAUUUUAUAGGUUAGAAGUUCAGCACUUUGAAAAGAGUCUUAUACAGUCAAGUUAAAAAGUCAACAGAGUCAUAUUACAAACUUAAAUUUGACCGAUUUUUGUAAUUGUUAAUCAGAAAUCAAAAAUAUGUCAUUCAUAAGUUUGACAGAUUUACUUAGUUAUUAUUUUGUUUCAUGCUUAAAGAUUUUUUCUAUGUCAAACAUUACAAACAGUUUGACAGAUCUAAAGUGACAUUUUGAAACUAGAAUUCAAACAACACCUAAUAUCAUUAAAAAUUAUUUGACGUUUACGUUGAAUGAAAAUCUUGACAUAAAUGACAGAUCUUUUGAACUGUCAAAAUUUCAACAAAUACUCAAAAUAAACUCUGUUUUGAACUUCUAUCUAUAUUUAUUUCCAAUAAAUCAAUAUUUAUCAUUAUAUAGGUCUCUAUAGUAAUUGUUUUUUUCCCUUUUAAAUGAAUUUCUCUAGUGACAGCUGUCAUUUUGUAAAAGUCAAAAUAACUAUUAGUUUAUAACAAAGUAGAUAGCACCCAAAUGUCUUAUUACUUAUCUUAAAGACUCGUUGCAAAUGACAGCUGUCAUUUUUCAAAAUAGUUCUGAGCUUACAUGAAGAUUUUUCAAGUGAGUUCAGAAAAAAAAAGCUAUUAUGAGGACUUUAUUUAUAUUUAAUUCUCUCAACUUUUUUUUUAUGAAUUUGUCAUUUUUUUUGCUUUUUAUUGUUUUGAAUUGAAAUUUGAAUUUGAUUUUAUAAAAUGUCUUUGUGAGUUUUGUAAUUGUGUUUGUGUAUUUUUUUUUUAUAAAUUCUCUUUUUUUUCUAAUUAUAUCUACAUUAAAAUUGUGAGUAGAUACUUCAAUUUUACUUUGCUUUGCGACACCAAAGAUGUUAAAAAGAAAAUCAACUUCAAAUAAAAACUCAACUCAAUUGAAUUGCAUUUACUAUAUAUUUUUAAAGUGAUAAAUUAAUAAACAUUGUUAUCUUAUUUAUGAAUAAAAAAAAAAAGAAA